UUGGCGCAAAGGCUCACGGUUUCCCUUUAACUACCGCUAUUAACAUCACCAUUAGCAUCAACGGCACUGUCCAGCGACCCCAUCGGUGCGGCUGGAAAACCUCUCAGCGAGUCUGCGUGCCGGCCACUUAGGCGCCCUUUUUCAGCGGUUUAUCGGCACCGAACAAGCAGACCAAGAGUCAAAGUGGCAUAUCAAUAUAACGGCAUGCAUUUCGACGAGGACUAACUAAGGCAAAUUCAAAAGUCGCAAAAGAUCGGAGCAGCAAACGAAACUCAAAGGAAACCGGAAGGGUAAGCUGAGCGUGCGAUUCUCUCCGACAGAAGUUAAAGCGCUGCUGAUUCCUGGAGAAACUGGAUUAUUGGUACAGUGGAAACUUAACAAGUGUCCAGCAACAUAUAGUUGCUCUAUUAUUGAUGUCAAUAUGUUCACAGGUUGUAACUGAGGAAGUGAUAUUGCCAUAGUGGUCGAUUUUGGGUGUUUGGGGGGCGAAUUUUGUGCUGUGACAUUCUCACUGGUGGCGCUAUGCCAAAAGUGUUGCAAAGGAUCCUCAUUAAAACAAUUCUCGUUUAGCAUGAAGUAGAAAGACUUCAUAUUGACAUGUAGUUCAGGAACAGGAAAGUACACACUUCAUACGCUUCCAGUGCGUCCAAGAUACUUUCGUGUUCCCUGUUGUGUCGCUCUCUAUAUCGUAUCUAGGCAGUGUUCUAAACCAAAAAUUACUCGUGUCUACAUUAAUCAACGCUAGCGACCAAUUUCUCCGCGCUGGAUAGGAGCUUAAACUUAUCGCGUGGGUUAGUUAUCGAGUAACUUUAACUACUGACCAGUGUUUUCGUGAUUGACAAAUGUAUCUGCCACGCGCCAUAGCGUUCAAUGGCUUCCAAGAGCUCGUUCUAUGGGUCUCGAUCGCAGUGGCAAUGGCGAACGUUUCAGACGAAGAUGAUAGCUAUCCUAAGAUUAUUUACCAGGAACGGAUCGAGCCUUCGCUAUUCGUAAGAGAUCCCAAUAGACUCAAUAAUGUCACUAGUAUAAGCAUUUCCCGUGUUAGACCCAGUGCCCGCCGAAAUGAAGAAAUUCACAUUGAAUAUGGUAAAGAGAUAGACAAAAAACUUCGAUGUCGAAAGGCUAAUUUCCAAGGGGGCAAAUGGCUUACAUGGAAGAUGAACCUGCCAGGCACAUUUAAAUGUGGAGAAAAAAACUUUCCUUUAAUGGCCUAUGUAAUUCCGACCAUUGUGGUCGAGGAAGGUCGAUUUUUUAAUGUAAGUUUGGAUUUCCUCAAACUUGAAACUACCUCUGAAUUCAAUUCGUCAAGAUUAAUAAGUCACGACCUGCCAGUUCAACUUCAGUUAUCAUCAUCGGGUAUCAUGUUUUUGUCUGGGCUAUUUGUUAAUCUUAACGGACCAGUAACAAUUGCCACCGAUAUUUCAUCAGUGUAUGAUGAUUAUCGCACGAAAAUUCGCCUACAGGUCACACAGGCGCAGAUAUCUCAGGCUGAUCAGCGCGUGGAUAUUGAAUUGAAUCAUCAUACUCUAACCCUUAAUAGCCAUGCACUACUUUUUAGAUAUCGGCUGAACUCGAUUAUGUGUAUCUCGGAGGUGCUUGCACUGCCAGCUACCGCUCUUCGCCAGAUUAACUUUGACGAGACUACCGAUAGGCAAAAACUCAUUGUGAGUGGUACAUUAAGACCGACAAGAGCAGACGGUGGCGAGCUCCACUUGUGCCGUCACCUGAAUUCCAUCAACCACCAUACGAUCGAUGGUAUUGUUGAAAACAGUACCUCUGAAGCGUGCGCUGGGUUCAUCAUUCGCAAUGUUAGACUUAAUAAUAGAGAGUGUGGUCGCGACAACUUUGAAGAACAAAUGCCCACUACGCUUGAAUACGAUGAGGACCAAGAUACAGAAAACCCACUGCUCAGAAUCUCCCAGGCUGAUGAUUUGACAGAGCAAGGCUUCGACAAUUUCAGAGAGACGACAACGGUGACAUCGACGACGAUAGAGGAACCGCAUUUCGCAGAAAUACCCGAAAGUGUAGCCGCCGAUGAAAAAUCAAAAUAUAACAAGCCAAUUAUCGACAGAACAAUUCCAAAACUGAUAAGUUCCAUGACCACAACUACACAAUGGUCUAACCAGUUUAUGGAGCCUACAACCGCAGCUCCGAUAACAAAAAUGAACAUGUCUACAAUUACGACGCAUCGGUCAACAAAAAAGCCAGUCUCAACAAACAAACCUACGACCACAACAAUUACAACAACAGCCGUUAGCGUACCAUCCCAAACAACGGUCUCAAGUUAUCUGAACAACAUUAUCGACAUCUCAAAAAACGAAAAUAAGAUUUCAGCGUUCGCCUCUGAAAAGCAAUCGGCUGAAGAUUCCCAGAUCACGAAAUCUCCACGAACAAACUCGUUGCGAGUUGGAGUUACAAACAGAGAGCGAGGCUCGAAUAAACAGCUACAAGUGUUGAAAUUUAAUCAACCUGUCGCCAACGCUGGAGAUCCUGUUGGCGAAUAUCGUUUAGAUGGCGCCAGCAAUUCCACUCAUCCAUUUUUGCAGAGCACUGAAGUCUAUGGCAUCACCGCGCUAGCAUCCGUUCCACUCAUUGUAGUAUUCGUUGUCCUAUUCUACAAGAUGGCACAAUGCAAAAGUAAGGGCGGGUAUGACCCUGUUCAGACAAAUUUGAAUGGUCUCUCAGGAGAGCCGAUUUUUAUUGACAGAGCUGAUUCCCCGAUACCAAGACGGGAUAGCAGAUGUUAGCGGGUCUGUGAGUUCAAAACUAUCACCAAUGCCCCUUCAUCAACCUGAAUUUGCUCCGAGUUCUCUGGUGGACAAGGUCUUUUACACAGCUUGCUAUGCCAAGCAUGAUAAUUUACCUCUUCAGCACACUUGACUAAUAAACAAUGACCUUUAAACGUAUUUAGAAUCAUUCUGCUAGGCAAAAAGAGGCUUCAGUAGUUUGAAGUACAACUUACGCAAUUUCAUGUGUCCAACUCGGUCAUUGGGUACUACUGCAAUAAUUUAAACAUAUCCGGUUCCUUUAAAAGGGCUCUGUUCAGGUCGCAUGUCUGCGACUUGCCUGAGAGGUCAUACACUUUUUAUAAAGGCUCUUCAUGCCCUAAUCUUCUUAGGAUCACCAGCAGCUACGCUGAAAGUAAUCAAAGCGAGAAGCGGCUCACGGUGAUGGUCUUACCGGUAAUACGUCUUAAAGAAUUACAGAUUGCAGUUAAGGCAAUAAUUUUGCGUCCCAGUUAAACAAAAAUGUGUAAAACAAAAAUACUUAUCAGACAAAGUACUUUUGUUAAAUAACUCGGAUUAAGGAUGUGAAAAAAGGCCUGAAAGAUCAGUGUAAUACUUGUCUUUUAAAGACAAAGUAGUAGCAGCAGUACCAUGUAGGAGUCCACGUGAAUGUCGCAUUUUUCCAUUUGUAAGGGGAAGACACGAUCUCCACAAAAGCUAAUCAGACUAAAAAAAAAAAAAAUGAAUGGAACAAGCAGCAACAAUCAAAUUUGACAAAAACGUCAAUAGUUUUUAUAUGUCCUAAUAGACGUGAAUCAGCCUAAAAAAAUGUAUAUUGAUCGAUCGAUGGCCAAGUUAGAUCUAUGGAAGUCAUUGAAACCUACCAGCGGCUAUGUGUCACAAAAAUGGAGUGCACAGAAGCCUUGUUGGUGGUAUUUUUGCCCUGCUUGUGAAAGACCGGGGCCUACCUAAAAUCAGAACAAUGUCAAAUGGUCUGAUUAGGUCUCAAGAAAAUGCGAUUAUAAAUCUCGUACGUAUAUAUCAAAACACGAGUUAAUCUUGAAUCUGUACUAGGUAACACAGCAUAAUUAGUGUUCGCGUUUUUAAUACGUUAAUAUAUAUCAACAUUACACUACAUUACUGGACUCCAGUUUGAUUGCUGGAUGUCUUCAUUAAGAAGGUAUAUGAAAAGGCGUUCGAUGUUCCGCAAGAUGUUUGUGGACAUCUCUGUCGUGAGCUCUAUCGAAAGAAGACGCUUUGACAAUCGCUUUGACUAACGAUCAGCACCCACGAGAACACUUAUCCGAUUACUUAGAUUAGUAUAAAAAAAAACUGACCGUAUCGAGUGAAUCAUCUCGCGUCCAUCCCAAUAGAUGACCCGCUUUUGACGCAAACUAUUGAUUGCGUGUAUGUUUUAUUGCUUCUUAAACGUCUACAGACAUGUUUAUAUCACUGGGGUCAACUCCAAUUCCGAUAUCGAACAAGAGCAGCGUUAUAAAUGUUCAGUGUAUCCGAGUGGCGCCAAAUUGUGCAGUGACAACCUUGAAGAGGACGCCCUCUAGCGAACGGUAGAGUAAUCUAGCCUUAUAGCGUUAUGCCGCAUUUACCACCAACAAUGACGAAAAGAACGUGCACAUAUGUUUAUUGUUUUUAUUCGUACGAUAUCAUCAUCACCGUGUUGUGCUAGUAGAGGAAUCAGAUCGUAGAAUAAACAGCUGCGUAUUAUAUCAUCGGUUAGCGUCAAGCGUCGUCGUGCAGUUCUAACCAUCAUAGUAAACCAAAUGUUACCCCCGCGAUAGUAGCAUUUGGUGGGCACUUGUUAAUUUCUGUUCUCCAGAGUAAUCGUAGUAAUAAUGUUGGACCUACACUCCCGAUAGGCAGUAACGACAUUAUCGACUAGUUUAAUUGCUCAGAGCCAAGUAAGUCGCAGGCCGUCGAUGACGAUAAAGUGGAACCAAGAAUAACACUUUUACAACACUUCUACUUAAUCGACGCCGCAAACGUGAGCAGGAAAGAUCGAAAUAGGCCGAAAAGCAUGACUCGUACGUUGAGUAUUUUAUCUACUCAAAGCGCAAAGAACGCCACACUAGCCAAGAGAAGCUGGGAAAAUCUUUUGUAAUGCUCCUUUGGCAAGAAACGGUAGCACUGCGUCGACAACUAUAAAGCCAGCGAAGAAGUAAAAUCACCUAUAUGUCGACUUAUAUAGAAAUCGCUAUUCUAACUAUAAAUUGAUAAUAUAUAGAUGUAUGCGCCCGACGCUUGCCUCUUGAAGUCUCAUGGCCAGUUAUGUUUUCCCUAAGUUGCAUAUAAGUAGAAAAAAAAAAAGAUAAAGCACGUCUUUACGGAUACUUACGCUCAAAAUCGUUUCCAACCUAAAAUUUACUCAGGUAAAACGUGAAGUGAUUUCAUCUUUCGAGAUUCAGCGUUGGGCGCAUACGAAACUGAAUGGAGAACAUUUUAAAGGGGGACUAGACUGGACCCCGUAUGCCCUAACGGAACAUCGGCGGUUUACGCAGACCGAAGACUCUACAUAAUAAUAAUAUCAGAAGUCAUAUAACAAAACGCUAAUAUACCAGCGUUUUGUUAUAUGACUUCUGAUAUUACCACUACUAAUAGCAGUAGCUUAGUCUAGCAAAGGAAGACCGACUUCAAGAUAACAUCAAUAAUUAUUUUAAAGCAAUAGCAGAAUCUUCGUUAUAUGUCCCUGAGGAAUAAUUAUGACUUCCUGCUGAUUGCGCGAGUAUAAACCAUUCAUUGAGCUAAAUCCAAUACGACCUCCAAUCUCGAACGUGUAUGAUCAAAAAAACUCGAAACAUUUUCUCUCUAAUACGUUUUUAUAGCGUGUAGUAAAAAAAAGACACAUAAAUGUUUAGUGUUAUAUUUAUUACAUUAACUAUCACACAAUAUUAAAUAUGUUUUUAUAUAAGAGCAUGGAGGAAGGUUAAGUGAAUGAGUAUGUGAGAGCAGCCUGUAUAGCGUAAAAAUGUCUGGAUGUGAACUUCUCACACAACUUCCUAAUAUGUUUGGGGAACACACAGAACAGAAUAACUAAGUACAUGCCAAGCAACAGAUACAGAGGCUUACAAAAUAGGGUAAUAUUUGAGCAUAUAUAACCGUAUGAACAUGCGCAGUCUACGUAAAUGUCACAGAUAUUCAUUUUUGUCUGGCGUAUUGCAUUCCACACUCUAUAUAUCUAUAUAGAAAUUGUAUUUCCAACAUACUUUUACAUUGCCUCUAAGUUUACUUAUUCAUAUAAACAUUAUACAUACACCCAGGAAGUAGUAUAGACAACAUGGAUGUUUAUGUAUUUAUAGCGAAUAUUUGUGCGUCAAAUCUAGUGUACAUAUUCAAUUUCCUUUUUCUAAAUAUCCACAUAACGUGUACACAAUAAUCUAUUGACUUUGUCGAGGAUUACACUUCAGCGGAAUAUAAAACGGUGAACUUUGGCAAAUUGCAUAGCCGCCGAACUUUCCCCUGGUAAUUCGUUCACACAAAAACGGGGCUCAUUCCGUUUUAAAUGUGACACGGACCAAUGUUAAUGUAUUUACUAGAACGCAACCAGUCAUACGUGUAUGAAAAAAAUAGAUGCUUUUUACUUGCUGUAUUUUCUAUCAAUAUUUAAUGUCGUUUUCAUCGAUUGGAACGAGCCGGUCACAAACAGAUCCAACUCGUUGUAUGUGUAAGCUAUGGUUGCCGGUUAUGUCGCUGUGUUUGACUCUGAAGAACAGAUCAACAAUGAUAUUGUGUGCUAAUAUAACAACAAGCAAAUAAUCGUACCGGAGUGAUUAAUUUCAUAGAGACAAUACUUUUCACAGAAGCAAAAAUUAGGUCUCUUUGUUGCGUAAAGGUCGAUCAAAUAAAAACAAUUGACAUUGGACGGUGUUCAGAUGACUGAAGUUUUUUUUCGUAUUUCGAAAUUUCACCUCACUUGUAAAGUAAUGCGUGUUUAACUCAAGGCAAACUUUUUAACGGCUGCUUUAAAUAUAGUUCUCUGUCAAACACUUGAUAUAGGAAGGCCGUACGGAUCUUAGAAGCAACUUAUUCAACAAAGCAGAUUUCAGCUCUAGUAGUUAGGAUACAAUUUAGAUUAUUAGGUGUGAAAUUCGGUUAAGAAAAAGGCCGCUUUGAUUACGUUUUUGAAAUAUAAACUAAUCGACCCCGUCUCGACUUUGUUUUUCAGAGAAUUAAGUUAUUAUAAUAAGCACGCAAUUCUUCAUUUCAAGCAAGAUUCAACCACUCAUUUUGUAUUUAUAUUGAGACUCUGCAACCGCACGCUAUAAGUCCUAUGACCAAACUACAUACACGAGUAAAAUCAGUAAAGCACGGACAUCCGCAACGAAUCGAGGACUUUCGCGUUUCUCCAUAUCAUUCUUUUUACAUCUGAGGACGACUAAGUGCAUGCAUAGACAUAUAUUGUUCGCACUCCUGCCGUAGCAAGUGCAUAUGUGACUCUUUGUCAGUAUAUGCGAACACUGUACAAGCUGUCCUAUUCUUCAGGGUUGGCUGGAGUGUUUGUUGUACGACUUCACUACUACCGAGCACCACCUAUCACCACAUCGCUUCAAUGUAGAAAACAAGAUAACUUGAAGACAGAGAGAGCAAGCGGAGGUUGACCUGUAGCAGAGCAUCGGAUAUGUACCGAGAGGUGUCAGGAAUAGCCAGGUCAAAUAUAGAUCCUUCCCGCCAAUACCUGCGAACUGGGCGUCCCCAGUGCUUGUCGGCGCAAAGAGGAAGCACGAGUCAGCUACUUAGUCUCCACCAAAGCAGACCCCUUGGACCGGCGGCAAACAGAGCCACCAUCGCCACCCUAUGAGCCCCUGUACUUCUGUCUUUUCCGCACACUCCGACGCCCUCGAUGCCCUCGACCACCCGGGUUCACCAGGUAACUCAGCAGAGGUUUUCUCGUUCCCCUUUCAUAACAAGUAUUUCUGCCACUGCAUCGGCAACCGACGACGCCUUGACCUGAAAGUUUCCCUGAGUUCACGGCUGUGCGAGGCCUAGGUCCUCACCGGACUCCCGGUGACAGUUCUCGAUGGUCAACAUGCACCGAUGGAGUUAGCUCUCCCAUUUUAUGUCGCAAGUUCUCUUGCAGAAAGCACAGCUACAUUGGAUUUUCUGGGGCAGUAUUGCUACCACCGUUAUUUUCUUCUAUAAAUUUAGUAUGAGAACGGACAGUAGAUAAGAACGAUUGUCUGAUUUUUCAUUUUAAGCUAACCGAGAAGACCGUAAGCGGUGAACAUCUAAUCUGUUGUUUUGAGCUGUUUAAUAAAAGCCGACAUAAGAAUCAACUGCACACGAGCCAGAUGUACUGCUUCUGCGGUUGAUUGCAAGAGCUCGAUCAAUAAAGGCGCUCGUAGGAGGUACUUCA